CUGAGCGCGGGGCGCGGCGCGGGCGGCGAGGCGGCGCGGACUACGAAUCCCGUGGUGCACUGCGGCGCGGUGCUGGCGGGCGGGCCGGGCGAGGCAGCGGGCCGGGCAGGAUGUCGCGCCAGGCCGGCCGCGGCACCGAGAGCAAGAAAAUGAACUCCGAGCUCUUCACGCUGACGUACGGCGCUCUGGUCACCCAGCUGUGCAAGGACUACGAGAAUGAUGAAGAUGUCAACAAGCAGCUUGACAAAAUGGGUUACAACAUAGGAGUUCGGCUGAUAGAGGAUUUUCUGGCCCGAUCCAAUGUGGGAAGAUGCCAUGAUUUCCGUGAAACUGCAGAUGUUAUUGCAAAGAUAGCAUUUAAAAUGUACCUGGGCAUCACUCCAAGCAUCACCAACUGGAGUCCUGGAGGUGACGAGUUCUCUCUGAUCUUAGAAAAUAACCCCUUGGUGGACUUUGUUGAGCUCCCCGACAACCACUCCUCUCUCAUCUAUUCCAACCUGUUGUGUGGAGUACUGCGAGGUGCCCUGGAAAUGGUUCAGAUGGCCGUGGAUGUAAAGUUUGUCCAGGACACACUGAAAGGGGACAGCGUCACAGAAAUAAGAAUGAAGUUCAUCAGGCGGAUUGAAGACAAUCUUCCAGCUGGUGAAGAGUGAAUCACAAUCCAGUCUCCCUUUAGGGCUGGAGGGGACCAGCUGGUGUUGGCCAUUAGCUUUCAUCACAGAUCUGUAGGGAUCUAGUGCCCCUGUACAUUCAGACUGACUCACUGACUGUUUAAGAUGUUAUUAUAUUCUUCUACUGUUACUUCUGUUUUCUGUAGGAGACAAUUAUCUAGUUGCUGUUUGUUUCACAGGUUCGUUCUGAAGCUUUUUCAUAAGGUGAUGUCAUUUUCAUAUUCCCCUGGGAACUCUUUCUACACUCAGUUUCUAGUGGUGACGUCUGGUUGUGCAAGAACUACUGCUCAGAUUCUAAAAGAGCUCCAGUCUGGCCAAACCUGAAUGCAGAGUUUUAUAACCAGAAUUGGAGACUAAGGCAUAAGAGCCCGCUGACUUACUGUUAACUGCUGUCCUUAAAAAGGGUUGUUUAAAAUUCACUUGGAGAUAAGUGCAUAGCAUUUCUGUAGACCAAACUGGCUUCCUGUAGUUGUUACUAGUAAAAUGCAAGCUUGAGAUGAAGGGGCAAUGCCUGGCACCCUCUUGGGGAAGCUCCUUUUCUCAGAGAGCAGUGGCAUCACUCAGAUUCAGGAGGCCCACGUGGUUCUUUCUGCUGUUUCUCUUUGUGGCAGCAUUGGUGAAAGCAGACCCAGCAACACCUUCCUCUGACAGGAUGUCGUGUGUAGCCUCCCCAUUCCCCUCUUGGAAGGGCAGAGCCAGUAAAUUGUAUGGGAAAACCACUGAGCAUUUUAGAUGGAAGAGAGGAACUGGCAGCUCUAAGGGCAUUGGUAUUCUGCAGUGCGCGCUGCCUGGGGGCUGUGUGCUGAGCUCACAGAACUAGAAGCUCAGACUAACAACUGGAAGGUAUUAAAUGCGUUUCAGCAAGUAUUGCCUGCUCUCCUGUUACAGCACAUAAACACUGCUCGGUGUGGAGGAGGCAGUGGGGGGAUAUUCUUACACAGAUGUUUAGGCUAAAGCAGAAUUUCCCACGUUACUUGAAUUGGCAAGCUAUGGCAGGCUGUAACACCUGCUGCUCUGUAAAGCAAAGGCAUAAAGCGGCGUUAUGUCUCACAAAGCAAGAUAAAUAUCUCACAAAGCAAGGCGAUGGGAAAUCAGCUCCCUCUGCCGUCCUAUUCAGGCAAAAAACGCAGUCAGAGGCUCAGUUCUCAAAUCACUUUACGUAGCAUGAAGGCACAAACCCACAGAGAGAGCUAGGAGCCUGAAGUCAGUAGCUCCAAGUACCACAAGAGGGGAGCUAGCAGGUCUGAUACCUUUGUAGGUUUGUGCCUGAGUGUAAGGUGUAAGAGAAAGAUGAGGGUGCAGUUAGUGCUGCCAGUUGCUGGGGUUCUCCAGGUGAACGUCAUCCUCAGGACAGCUCAGCCCAUCCCUUUUUGCCCAAGGCAGCCCUUCAGCCAGAGGGUUUGGGUGCCCUGCGUCCUGCAAAGGGGCAGAGUUCCAUCCACAAGCAGCUGUGGCUGAGGGGUUUGGGGCGCAGAGGUAGAAAAGAUCAGACGUUUCUCAUUGUUGAGCGUUGUAAAUCAUUUUAAGGCUGCAUUUUCAAAGCGAUGGCAUUAAAAGAAUCCUGGUGUUAA